AUGGCUGCUUUACACACCAUUUCUCCUCACAGUCUCUUUCCUCUUUCUAAACCUAAAAAACCCAUUUCAAAAAACCCGCAGAACCCUCAGUUUCUCAGCCCAAAAUUGCCAAAGAGCCAAGCUUUCUCCAGAAACAAACAGAGCUGGCACUUGAAUUCUGUUGUCCAAGGAGAGCUUGAUGUCAUUCCAGUACAAAGUGGUGAUACUGUAGACCAUCAAGAAGGGAUGUUAGCGAGUCAAUUAGAGAGAGAAGGGACCGAGUUGGCUACUCAGGUGAGUGGGUUUGGGGGGAGUGAAGGGCAGUUAUCUUUUGAAGGAUUUUCUUCAGUUUCAAGUUCUGGUCUUGAUGGAGAGAGUAGAGAGAGGGAAUCGGAGUCCGAGAGGUUAAUUGAUCGGACCAUCAAUGCAAUGAUUGUUCUUGCUGCUGGUACUUAUGCAAUUACCAAGUUGCUCACAAUUGACCAUAAUUAUUGGCAUGGGUGGACCCUCUUUGAGAUACUAAGAUAUGCACCUCAACACAGCUGGUCUGCUUAUGAGGAAGCUUUAAAGACAAACCCCGUUUUAGCGAAAAUGAUGAUUAGUGGUGUAGUCUACUCUGUUGGGGAUUGGAUUGCACAGUGCUAUGAAGGUGAGCCACUCUUUGAGUUCGACCGCACAAGAAUGUUUAGAUCAGGCCUUGUUGGCUUUACGUUACAUGGCUCCCUUUCACAUUACUAUUACCAGUUUUGUGAGGAGCUUUUUCCAUUCGAAGAUUGGUGGGUGGUUCCUGCCAAAGUGGUCUUUGACCAAACUUUGUGGGCAGCAGUUUGGAACAGCAUUUAUUUCACGGUCUUGGGAUUCUUGCGUCUAGAAUCACCCAGCAGCAUUUUCAGUGAACUGACGGCUACAUUCUGGCCUAUGCUUACAGCAGGAUGGAAGCUUUGGCCAUUUGCUCAUCUUAUUACAUAUGGUGUGAUCCCUGUAGAACAAAGACUCCUUUGGGUGGACUGUAUAGAACUCAUCUGGGUGACCAUACUGUCCACUUAUUCAAACGAGAAAUCAGAAGCAAGAAUAUCAGAGGCAGCAGUAGACGUUUCUUCCAGUUCUCUGUCCAGUUCCCCUGAGGAGUAG